AGAAAAAAAGAAAAAAAAAAAGAAGGAUGAGAGAAAAGGGAGAGAGAGAGAUUUAAUCUGAUUGGCCGUCGCCUUCGUUCCUCUCCUUCUUCUCUCCUUCCUUCUAUCUCCCCUAAACUUUCCUCUCUCUCUGUCACUGAUCGCAACUAUUUAUUGAGCUUCAAUGCUUCUUUUCCCUGAAACCCUUUGAUUCUUCCACCACAUUUUUGGGAACGGAAUAAUGGGUGCUUGUUUUUCGGCCUCCAAAGUCAGUGGUUCCAAUAGCAACAACACCAAUGCCGCCGCCGCCGCUAACCAAAAUCGGAGAGGAAGCACCGCUAACCCUCAACCGACCACACCCGAUACUAAACAAGAUGCUUCAGGAAAUCAAAAUCAGAAGAAACCCAAUGAGAAUCCGAAGAGGAAUAGUCAACAGCUUAAGAUUAAGGAGAAAAACGUUUCGCGGCGGACGAGCGGGGUGAUUCCUUGUGGGAAACGCACCGAUUUUGGGUAUCAUAAGAAUUUUGAUGAACGAUACACGAUCGGGAAAUUGCUUGGACACGGUCAAUUUGGUUAUACGUAUGUAGCAAUCGAUAAAGAAAAUGGGGAUCGUGUUGCUGUUAAGAAAAUUGAGAAGAACAAGAUGAUUCUUCCCAUCGCGGUCGAGGACGUUAAGAGAGAGGUCAAGAUAUUGCAAGAACUUACAGGCCAUGAGAAUGUGGUUCAGUUCCAUAAUGCGUUCGAGGAUGACUCAUAUGUUUAUAUUGUGAUGGAGUUAUGCGAAGGCGGUGAAUUGUUGGAUCGGAUAUUGUCCAAGAAGGAUAGCCGAUAUACCGAGAAAGAUGCAGCCGUAGUUGUUAGGCAGAUGCUGAAAGUUGCAGCGGAGUGUCAUUUACACGGCUUGGUACACAGAGACAUGAAACCGGAGAACUUUCUUUUCAAAUCAGCCAAAGAGGACUCCCCCCUGAAAGCCACCGAUUUUGGCUUAUCAGACUUCAUCAAACCUGGGAAGAAAUUUCACGACAUUGUCGGAAGUGCAUACUAUGUCGCUCCUGAAGUUUUGAAAAGGAAAUCCGGGCCCGAAUCAGAUGUCUGGAGCAUAGGGGUAAUCACAUAUAUUUUACUUUGUGGGAGGCGCCCUUUCUGGGAUAAGACAGAGGAUGGCAUAUUCAAGGAGGUGUUGCGAAACAAGCCUGAUUUUCGUCGAAAGCCAUGGCCAAGCAUCAGCCCUAGUGCUAAAGAUUUCAUAAAGAAGUUGCUUGUAAAGGAUCCUCUAGCGAGAUUAACUGCUGCUCAGGCCCUAUCUCAUCGAUGGGUUAGAGAGGGCGGCGAUGCAUCAGAGAUCCCGAUCGAUAUAUCCGUUCUGAGUAACAUGAGACAAUUUGUGAAGUACAGUCGUUUGAAACAAUUUGCUCUGAGGGCAUUGGCUAGCACAAUUGGGGAAGAAGAGCUUGCUGAUCUACGAGAUCAGUUUGAUGCAAUCGAUGUCGAUAAGAACGGUUCCAUCAGCCUUGAGGAGAUGAGACAGGCCCUUGCUAAAGAUCUUCCAUGGAAACUGAAAGAAUCUCGCGUUCUAGAAAUUCUUCAAGCUAUCGAUGUCAAUACCGACGGCCUUGUCGAUUUCACAGAAUUUGUCGCAGCUACAUUACACGUGCAUCAAUUAGAGGAACAUGACUCGGUAAAGUGGCAACAGCGAUCACAGGCAGCUUUCGAGAAAUUCGACAUAGAUAAAGAUGGAUUUAUAACUCCAGAGGAACUAAGAAUGCAUACGGGCCUAAAGGGUUCCAUUGAUCCACUGCUUGAGGAAGCGGAUAUUGACAAAGAUGGUAAGAUAAGCUUAUCAGAAUUCAGAAGACUUUUAAGAACUGCGAGUAUUAGUUCAAGGCCUCAUAUUUAGACCCUCUACUCCCCAAACUUCCUCCAAGACUGUAGAUAACAACGCAAAGUUGGGAAGAUUGAAAAGAGAGGGACAUCAAAAUAAGGCAAAUUUGAGUCAUCUUUAAGAACCAUUGCUUGCUCAGACACCCCAGCAACUCGUUUGACCAUCUACUCGACGACAAGACUAUUCGACGACAAGAUUAUUCGACUACGAGUUUUUUUUUCUAUAGGACUGUGAAUACGUUUUACAUAGAUAAUAGAGUUAUCUUGGUUCUGCUUCAAAGCAAGCAGCUCCAGUUGAUGUGGAAUGUGUUGUAGUCCUUUGUGUAGCUGGGGUUUCUUGGUUGUGCAUUGGAAAUGGCAUAUCUGAUUAUAAACAAACUCUUUAAAUGAAGAAUUUGAUGGAAUCAAUCUUUUUGGGAAAGGAAUUGUCUAUGUC